AUGGCGGAUAAAGCUUGUGCUUCGGAGAGGACCCCGGAUGAAUCUAGAUACUUUGUGGGUCUGUUGUUCAGUACAGAGGUGAAUAAUUUGCUGAAGCAGCUCACAGUCACGCCAUGCGCAGAAGGAAAGCAGGACUUUGCCGUCAACGUCAACACCGACGGCAGCUACAACGUCGUUGUCCAGGGAGAGGUCUGGCUGAAGAGCGCUCCCACCUUCUUCACAUCUGACAGUAAAGUCUUCACCACGGCUGAUGGAUCUCUGAAGCUGGUCAAGAACACUCAGUCCAGUGGUGUGGACUUCAUUGGUCAGUGGCAGUCCAGCAGCUUCUUGUACCAGGCAGGGACCAGUCAGAUCGAGUCCAGUUUUGUACAGUACACCCCGGAUAAAAGCAUCUUCACCUACAACAAUCCUGCCAUACCUUUCAUGCUGUUCAAACAGCGUUACAUCAACGGAGCUAACAACACCGCCACCAACGGUAACUACACCAUUUCUGGUUUUCCUGGAUUCCAAAUACAAGAGGCAAAUCUUCCUUUGGGCUACCUUUGUUAUAGCGGCCUAAUGUUUGGACAUGAUUAUCUACGGUCUGGGCAGUAA